AUGGCCUGGGAGGACGAGGUAGUGGGCCCCGACGUGGCGUCUGCUGGCCUGCAUAUCAGCGAGCGCAUUGGCAGGGACGUCGCCGCGCAGUUCGACUUGGAGGAGGCCCUUGAGGCCUCCAGAUACGCAAGCCACCCCUACUCUUCCCACCCCAAAGAGGUGCGCAUUCUGAUCCUUCGGUGUCUAGGGUUCGUCACAUCGAUGUCCUGGGAAGGAAAUCCGAAAUUACCGGGGUUUGCCACGAGCUGGGCUGGGUCUUUGAAGAUUGCAUUGUUCGUUCUUGGGUUUAUUUAUAUGUUCCCACUGUUCUCCAUGACAGUGGCCUCCGCUGUACGAAGUGGUAGACAAUCGAGAGUUGCCCCCUGUUCUCAUAGGGAGGUAUAACGCUGCUGGCGGCGAGGGAACCGCUCUGUGCGGAAUAUUUCCAGAGAUCCGGCGGGCAUGGGCUUCUGUCGACAACUCCCUUUUCUUAUGGCGUUUCGAUAAGUGGUGACUUCUCUGGCUGAUUGAGAAUUGAUUUUUAGUUUAUAUAUAAUGAGACCUGCUAUUGAUCCCUUUAUCCUCGUGCUCUGUGUUCUGUGUUGUUUGUUUCAAUUGAUUUAUGCAAGGAGUUUUGGUUGUAGGUUGCACUUUUGAUUGUUAUACAACCCCAUUGUAAACUAAAACAUGUUCUAGGAGAGCCUGGGAAGAAUCUCCCUCUGCUGCCAACUGCGCUCGGGUACAUGGUUGUCUGUGUACUUGAAAAGCAAUCAGAGAUUUGGGCCUCAUUGUUGUUUGUGAAUCAUAUGAUCCAUUUACGUCGUGUGAAGCGUAAUUAACUUCAACUCUCCGCUAUGUAAGUUUUGAAAUGCACGCUCUGUGCUACGUUCCCUGUAGAAACUUGGUUAGGGGGUCAUUCCGUGCAGAAAGUUGUUGAGUUCUUAUUCUUUGAACUUUGUUGAACCAUACAUGCAACUUGGUUGGAGCUUGCCUUUUUUCUACCCAGAAUGUUGCCCUAGAAAAUAAUUCCGUCAUAAUAGUGUUCGCAGAAGGUUCUAUUUUUCUGCCUAAAUGAGGAGAAAUGCUGUACAGCAUAACAGAGAUACAAUGGUGGGGUAUGUGAGAAUUGAAGAGUUUCUCAGGGCAGAAGCUAAUGAAACGGGCGACAAAGAAUUAAACUCCUCUUUUAAACUGUUGCUCCAUCCUUGACAAGGAUGGUAAGCACUAAUCUGUCAAAUUAAAAAAAAUUGAAGGGUGAUGUGUAUGGGGAUGUGAUAAUAAUUCGAAACGGCUAUAUUAGCUAAGAGGAGGCGGGUGGAACAUGAGUAGUAAGAAGAGGAAGAGUAGACAUGUACAACAAUGUCCAGAAAUCAGUGAUUUGAUGCUUGAGCUUUGUUCUGCGACAGAAAGAACUAAUAGAACAUUGGAAAAUACUUGGGUAGAAUUUGAAGAUUAGAUUAGUGGAAUUUUCCUCAUUCGAGGGCUACAGGAGUAAUUUCUUGCAACAAUGGAGACAAAUCAUAAGGAACGAGUCGAGACAUUCGCUAUUUAGAUGAAAGAUAAAUGAGGAUUUAUGCAAUAGAGAUGUUUCAGUUUGGUUAUCCAUCCCAUUGUGGAGGUAGAAGCGCUUGUGGACUAGUUCCUGUAGCAGAAAGAAAAAGAAAAGAAAGGCUCAGAUAGAACCUUAGAAAAUUGAUUAAGCGAUAUUCAAUUUGAAAGGACUGCCCACGGUCCCUUGUUCGCUUACAGGGAGCACACUUCAAUCUGAAUUGUUCGGCGUCUGGUUUUUAGAGGUGUAAAGGGUGGUAAAUGAGUAGACUUUCUUGGAUGCAACAACAGUCAGGACCAUUUUGGAGGUUCUAUAUCUUAUUUUUGUGUGCCAAAAUAUGGUGUGGACAUUGCUAAUUAUCACGAGAACAACAAUGAACCUUAUCAUAAUGCCAAAACGAUUUCCCAAAAUUGUUGAUAUAGAAAUGAAGAAUGGUGGUGUGAAUAUCACUGCAUACCGAAGAUAUGACAUUUAGGAAUUGUCGCAAGAUGUGAAAUUCUUAGUUUUGUCGAGUUGGUGGAAUCAUAUGACGGUAUUUUGUCUUGAGCUAGAUAUUUUUCUUCAGUUAUUUUGUGGUAAGAAAUAACCAAGUGGAAUUUGUGAUGCAACUAAAAGAUGUCUAAUUGAGGUUCGCUACUGAUCAGUUUUGAGGGGUCAGAUAAUAUAACCACUGUCAGUCAUCAACAGUUUGGAAUACAAGCCACCAUGCUUUGUGGUGGCUUUGAGUACCUUAUUUAGGGAACAUAAGCCACCCUUCCAAAUCAACAGUUGUGCAAAUCUCCACUUCAAUUCACCAAGGCAUCUAAAAAACUCUUUCUCAUUUUUUCAUUUAACUUUAUUCUCCUUGAUUGGGCACAAUUCAUCAGAUUUUCAUCUCUCAAAGGUAGAUUGGUUAACUACCUCCCGAGUUCUUUUUGGGUUUAUAGCUUUUCAAUUUUGGUAAGACUUGGGCUUCUUUGUCAGCCUUUAUUGGUAAUUUUUUCUUUUUUAAUGCGUUUUUUACCUCAUGUUGUUUUUAGUCCUGUAUUUUUAAUUUUAAUGCGUAAUGUGUUUCUACCACCUUUUUAUCACACAGUUGUCUUCCCGCGUACUUCAUUGCUUCUCGCUAUUGUAUUCUGGUUCCUAUCCUUGCGGUUUUAUGCCAAUCCAGAAUAUUUUCGGUCAAUCUUCUGAUAUGAUAUUCUUAUGCAAGACUGAAGGACGUUUCACAAGGAUGCCUUUAUAGCGUCUAAAAGUUAUUCUACUACUCCUUGUUGUGCGGAAAAACUUAUUUGGCUUUCAUUUGAUCCAUAGUGUGUCCAAAUGUAGAGAGAGAGAGAGAGAGAGAGAGAGAGAGAGAGAGAGAGAGAGAGAGAGAGAGCGAAACUCCAUCUAGUGAGCAGGUCGCACAUCUAUAUAUGCUUGUCUUUCAGUCUUUGGCUUCCAAAGACUAAUGUCCAGUUCUGCUUCCAACUUUCCAUUUCUCCCCCUUAAAAGUUGAAAGGUUUUUACCAAUGCUUGGAGACUAAUAGUCACAUGUGAAACAAGGACAAAAAGCUUUCAUAACUAUUACAUCGCACUCUUUGGCUGCCCUAAAAAGUAGCUAAACUCACAUGAUGUUCAAAACUCUAAUGAUUAUAUCUCCAUCUUCAUUCAUCACAAGCUGGCUAUUUCUCUAUAUGCUAGUUAGAAUUCUGGUAUGAUCGCCACCAAUUGGACACUCUCGUCUUUAGCUACAUGAUUCUAGUAGCUCCCCUGUCUUCUUACAAAUCUUUCUCAACUCCCAGUUGCCUUUGCGUCACAUGCACAUUUACUGCAAGUUUCUUAUAUUUAUGAUACAUUCUUCAAAUUUUUCCCAUCAAGUCGAUAUGUGGAAGACUUUGAUACAAGAAAACAACUUCAUCUAUUAGGAAGUGCUAACUACUGAAGAUCUAUUUGAUCCAAUGCUAAUUGCACCUCUUAGCCUAUUGGCACCUGCAUAUAUCAAUGUUAAUGUAUUCCUUUAAAUGGAUUGAGUUGGCUUCUGUUUAGUAAUAGAUCUCUGUGGGCGAUGUUCCAUAAUUGUUCCAAGCCGUUUUAGUUGUGCCAUGAUUUGCAGAAUAAGUUAGUUGAAGUUGGGGAAGUGCAUCCAGAUCACGAUGUAGUCUAGAGUUUUUUUUUCUCAUGAUUAUCGUUCUUUGCUAAGCAUCUCUGGAUACUCGUCUCUAUAUCAAUGGCUUGCCCAUUUUAUUUUCAGUUGUUUUUUAUUUCUAAUGCAGCCUCUUUUUCUAAUAUUUAGGGAUGGCCAGUGCCCUGAGUAUAGUGGUGAGGAACAGGCAAUAUGUGCUGUUGGUCUUGUUAGAUCUAAACCCGGAGUUUUUGUUGAAGGAAUACAGUAUCUUUUGGUCUUAGCAACUCCCGUUGAGGUUUGAAUUUUCUGUUUCCUAAUUCACAUUUUCUUCCUUUAACUAAUUUUUUUUUCUUUGCAAAUAUAAGGUUGCUUUUACUCUUUCUCAGAGACUACUUUUCUUUUGUUUAAAAGGAGCACAUCAUAUUUGUAAAACUUAAUGAUAAUACUCUUUGAUCUCAUUGCAACCUGCUAAAGAAUUUUGUAGGGGUGUAGUUUCCUCUUCAUCUGCUUUUUUCUGCCUUAUUUUUUCUUAAAAAUGCACGUCUAUGCGAGUUUGCGUGAUGAUUCCAUAAGAGUCUUAAUUUUUAAUUAUAUCAUUUUACCGAACUUAUAAUAUUUAUUGGCCAGAGAAUGCAUGAUUAAUGCUGCUGUCUCUAAUCUUGUUAGGUUCACAGAGUAAUGUUGAGGUAUUUUGGGAUAAAUAAUGAGCCUUUCUCCUUGUUAUUUUGACAUUCAUUUUAGUUCGUUGGAGACACUAAGAAACCAUUAAUCAGCAAUCGUCAAGUUUGAGCACUGAACCUUUUUUUCACAAGCUAUCCCAGUUUCUGUUGACUUCCAUUUUAGUGUCCGAAGAACUUGGCUUGUCUGUGGAUCCAGGUGCAACACGUUAGUGUAAAGAAAUUUUAUUUUUGUACAUAUUUCUUUCCUGCCUGUAAUCUGGUCCACAUGCUGCUUAGUUGGUGAUAGCUUUCCUCUUGUUACACAUACUGCAGUGCUGGUCAUUAAAAAAUAAUUAUUCUCCUUUGAAGUAGCAUUUUUGUUGAAUAUUGUACGAGGACAGAGCAUUGUAACGGUUGCAUGUUCAAGAAUUGUCUGGCUGACAACAUGCUGAAAACUAUGGCACAUUCUUGAGUGGUUUAGACAAAGAACGUGUAAUUUACCUUUGCAGUGUCUAAAUUUCUUUGACUCAUGAUAUAUAUGAGAAUUUUGUUGUACAUAUGACGCUUACAUGCAUUGGGUUUAUGAUUGUUUGUAUAGUUAUGGUUCAAUUCUAUGUACACUUCCGUGCUCAAAAGCUUUCUUUUGAUUUCUCACUAUACAAAGGUCAAAAUGUUUUGUUUGUCCUCAUUUCAUAUGUUUCUAUCAUUGUUCAUUAUAUUUUGAUGAUUUCGAUCUUACAUAUGUUCUACUCUAUAUGUGAUUUCUACUUCAAACUAUUUCUUUUUAGUGUUUUUCCGUUAUAGCACCAGUGCAUUCUUCUAUUCAGCUAACUUAUUGCUCCUUUUGAUGCUAGCUGAUUCUUAUUGGAGUAUGCUGCUCAGGAAGGGGUGAUGGAAUAGAUCCGUAUGCAGAUAUUUCCUUGCAACCCUUACCUGAGUACACAAUCUCGUCAGAUGGAGUUACUAUGACUUGCAUUACAUGUACAGAUAAGGGGCAGAUUUUCCUGGCUGGUCGUGAUGGGCACAUCUAUGAAAUGCUUUAUACAUCUGGCUCUGGCUGGCAUAAGCGGUGCCGUAAAGUGUGUCUUACAGCAGGCUUGAGUAGUCUUCUUUCGAGGUAUGUUCUCAGACCAUGGUGAAAUUUCUAUAAGAUAAGUUUUAAGGUUUGAAUUUAUAAGAACUAAGUUGGAUGUUAUUUUUUGUUCAGGUGGGUUUUGCCUAAUGCUCUUAAAUUUGGAUCUGUUGAUCCUAUUAUUGAUAUGGUUGUCGAUAAUGAGAGGCACAUUCUGUAUGCACGAACUGAAGACAUGAAGCUCCAGGUUUAUGAUCUUGGUGAACAUGGUGAUGCUCCUCUCCGGAAAAUCGCUGAAGAAAAAAACUUAAUUGAUCCCCGUGACACACAAUAUAGUGUUAGAAGAUCCAACGGAUCAAGAACAGCUUCUCGAGCACCAAAACCAUCUAUAGCUUGCAUUUCCCCUUUAUCUAUGUUGGAAUCAAGAUGUCUACACCUUGUUGCUGUUUUAUCUGAUGGCAGAAGAUUGUAUCUUUCAACCUCGUCAUCUAGUGGAAGUGGCAUCUCUGUUGGUGGUUUCACUGGAAUUAGUAGUAUUAGUCACAGGCCGCGGUAUUUGAAGGUUGUUGCAUCUAGGCCUUCACCUCCUGUGGGGGUUGGAAGUGGGAUUACAUUUGGAGCUGUAUCAUUAGCUGGUCGCACCCAGACUGACGAUCUGACCUUGAAGGUGGAUACUGCUUUUUAUUCAUCAGGAACGUUGUUGCUUUCUGAUUCUUCACUGUCGACAAUGUCAUCUCUCCUGAUUGUGUACAGGGAUUUGAGCAUGCAAUCCACUUCCUCAGGUAACCUUGGAAUGACAAGAAGUACUCGAGCACUGCGGGAAAUAGUAUCAUCCUUACCUGUCGAAGGUCGAAUGCUUUUUGUGGCAGAUGUCUUACCCCAGCCUGAUACUGCAGCUACUAUUCAGUCAUUGUAUUUGGAUGUAGAACCUUGUGCUUUUGAAGGUUCUAGAGAAUCGAGUGAAAAAGCAUCAGCAAAGCUGUGGGCUCGAGGAGACCUGCCAAGUCAACAUAUCUUACCAAGGAGAAGGAUUGUUGUGUUCACUACCACGGGUAUGACAGAAAUUGCUCUGAAUAGGCCUGUGGAUAUUCUUAGAAAGUUGCUAGAGUCUCAUUCACCAAGGUCAUUAUUGGAGGAUUUUUUUAAUCGAUUUGGUGCUGCAGAGGCUGCUGCAAUGUGCUUAUUGCUUGCAGCAAAGUUAAUUUCCGCUGAGGAAAAUUUAAUUAGCAACUCAGUUGCAGACAAGGCUGCAGAAGCAUUUGAAGAUCCAAGGAUUGUUGGAAUGCCCCAACUUGACAGCAGUAGUGCUUUGUCAAACACAAGAACACCACCUGGAGGUUUCAGCAUGGGGCAGGUUGUCCAAGAAGCUGAACCUGUCUUUUCUGGUGCACAUGAAGGGCUUUGUUUGUGCUCGUCUAGGUUGCUUUAUCCCAUAUGGGAGUUUCCCAUUGUAAUUAUUCAGGGGAAAGUUGGUUCUGACUCUCGGUCUGAAGGUGUAAUUGUUUGUAGACUGUCAGCUGAAGCAAUGCAGGUGCUUGAAAGAAAGAUUCGUUCUUUAGAGAUGUUUCUAAGAUCCAGAAGAAAUCAGAGAAGGGGGCUCUAUGGGUAUGUCGCUGGCCUUGGAGAUCGUUCUGGUUCUAUUCUCUAUGGAACUGGUUCAGAUUCGUCAGUUGGCCAAAUUAAGGCCAGAAGUUUGUUUAACUCACCUUCUCAAAAUGCUGAUUCACCUGAGGCGAUGCAUUCUAGUAAAAGGCAAAGACUCCCCUAUACUCCCACGGAGUUGGCUGCGAUGGAGGUAAAUUCCGUAGUGUACAAAUUAUCCAUAGAUGUUAUACCUUGAACUUAGCUUUUGGCCACCUCACAGGUUAGGGCAAUGGAAUGCCUUAGGAGGCUGCUUCGAAGAUCAAGUGAAGCUCUUUUCUUGCUUCAAGUUAUUUCGCAGCAUCAUAUUACCCGCUUGAUCCAGUCUUUGGAUACUGACCUCCAUCAAAAACUUGUUCAGUUAACAUUCCACCAACUAGUCUGUUCUGAGGAAGGCGACCAUAUCGCAAUGAGGCUUAUUUCUGGUCUAAUGGAGGUAGCUUUAACUUUUCUGUCGCGCAAUGCAUCACUAUUGGUACAGUUAUGGGCUGUUGUGUAUACCUUUAAAUGACAAUUGUGUUUGAUGCCUUUAUUCUUGGGAAAGCUUAGAUGGUCUUACUCAUGUUGCAUACUUCAACCAGCAAGGGGAAGAUGAUAUUGUAUAAUGUAGUGUAUACAUUUUAUUUGUUGCCUUGAUUUUCCAUUUCUUUUUCUGGAAAUUGGGAUCAACAAUAGGGUACUCGAUGUUCAAACAUAUGUGCAUACAAUCUUAUUUCUUUUCUUUCUGGUUGCAGUACUAUAUUGGGCCAGAUGGCAGGGGCACAGUAGACGAAAUUAGCGGAAAACUCCGUGAUGGAUGUCCGAGCUACUUCAAUGAGUCUGAUUACAAGUAUUUCUUAGCUGUGGAAUGCCUUGAGAAGGCUUCUGUUAGCACUAAGGCUGAGGACAGGGAAAAUCUUGCUAAAGAUGCUUUGAAUCUUUUGACCAAAAUUCCAGAGUCUGCAGAUUUGAGAACUGUGUGCAAACGGUUUGAAGAUUUGAGGUAUCCUGCUUGAUUUAGUGUCUUGUAUCUGUCACAAUAACUUUCGUUUUUUAUUUUUUAAUUAAUUUGGUUAUUCCCUGCUCCAUCUUGUGGCAAAAUCAUGAUGAGAUGAUUUGUGCAAUGUAGAUUUUAUGAAGCUGUUGUACGGCUGCCCUUGCAAAAAGCUCAAGUUCUUGACCCUAAUUUCGAUGCGCUGAAUGAAAAGAUUGAUGCAGGACGUCGGGAAAAUGCUUUAUCUCUUCGCUGCCAGUGCUAUGAGAUAGUAACUGGUGCUCUUCAUUUUCUCAAAGGUGAAUCUGGGCUGCAGGUACCGCAGAGGGAAUUUAGUACCUCUGGAAAAAUAUCUAAUGGACGAUCGGUGCUUGAUCAGGCCUCUCGAGACAGAUACAUACUGCAGAUUGUACAGUUAAGCAUUCAAUGGCCUGAUAGAGUAUUUCAUGAGUAUUUGUAUGAUAAAAUGAUUGAUCUAGGACUAGAAAGUGAGCUGUUGGAGUAUGGAGGUCCUGAUUUGGUUCCUUUCCUUCAAAGUGCUGGGCGUGAGCAUUCGAAAGAGGUUUGUGCUGCAUGUUCUUUCUUCCUAUUGCUUUCUUCAUAAUCUUCUAGAACUGAACGAUAACCCUGACUGGUUUGCCUGUGAAAUCUUAUUUUGCUUGAAUAUUGAGACUGAUAAAGAAGACAUGCACCCCUCUGGAUGCUAAAAUGUUACUAUCAAUUUUAAUAGUUUCGUCUUUCAUAUCUCACAUUUUGUAACUUAUUUCACAUUCACAAACAUCCCCUGGCUUUAGUUGAUACUUCAGCUCGAUGAUAACAUCUUGCUAACUUAUUUCACACGACCAGUUUGUGAAAAGAGGUUAGAAGACUGAGUGGCCGUUGUGAUAUCAUUCCAUAUUUCCAUUUGUUUUGUGUCUGCCAUCUUAGAUAACGCUUUCAAUUAAUAUUUAGUCUUUUUUGUGUGGUCACAGUCACAGUAAUGGCAAUGACUUAUUGGUUACUUGCAGGCUUCAAUUUCUGGAAAAAGUGUGAAAUACCUUGACCUUUUGGCGAAGUAUUAUGUGUUGAAGCGUCAGCAUCUUCUUGCUGCGCAUGUCCUGUAUAGGCUAGCUGAGAGGCGAUGUGUGGAUCCCGCUGCUGGGCCAACUCUGGAACAAAGGUAUGAUUUGAAGCAACUUUUCUUGUAUUUGUGCAUUGUUUUAAUAGUCAUUAUAUUCAUUUUAAUGAUGUUUGUGCUCCAUUUCACUUCUUUUCUUGUGCAAGCCAGACAGCAGUAUCUCAGCAGUGCACUUCUGCAGGCGAAGAGUUCUAGCAGCGCCAUGUCAGCACUUCCUACGCGAAAUGCUUCUGAUGAUGUGUUAUUGGAAAUGCUUGAAGGAAAGCUUGCGGUUCUUCGAUUUCAGAUGAAAAUCAAGGAGGAGCUGGAUACUAUAGCAUCAAGGUCGGAAGAAAGGUCCACCACACCAGAAUCCCAUUCAAGGGAUCCAUUUCCACAAGGCACCUUAGUGGCCGAUGGGAAUGCUGCAAAAGCUGCAAGAGACAAGUCCCAGGAGUUGGCUUUAGAUUUGAAAAGUAUUACUCAACUAUACAACGAGUAUGCUGUUCCAUUUCAGCUGUGGGAGGUAUGUUUCUGAAUGGACGUUUUUGAUCUCUCGUUUAUAUGAUUUUUUGGACCGGUAGUGGGAGGCCAUCAAAAAUCUCAUAAACUUGUGUCCUUUCAUUGAAUUUACAUGAAGUAUCACGAUCAUCAUUCCUCCCAUUGGUGCUUUCAUUCAAAAAGAAAUUUCUUACUGAUCUUUGGUUCAGAGAAUAGAUGAAGAAAAAUGUAUAGAAGUAUUCUGAUAAUUGAAUAACUCUUUUAUUAAAGAUGUCUGUCUUAGUUAAAAGAUGUUUGCUAAUCUUCCUCAUAUCAUAACUGUAUAGGAUGGAAUUUUCCAGCUCAAAAGUUGGUGGUAACAAAGCUCUGUUGAUCGAGCUUUGCCUGAACCGUCUGAUUUGUUCUAGUUGAAUUUUUAAUGCCAUUAAGUUCUAGCUUGCCACUAGAAGGCGUGAGAAGAAUCCAGAUUGCUCGGUGAAAAGUUGGGUCCUUGGGGAUCGACUUCAGUCACAUUAAGAUUUUGCUUGACUGUAGUUUGAAGGAAUUUUAGCCGAUAAUUACGUUUUUUCUAUGAAGAUGGAAGAUAGACGAACAUGCCACCUCCACAUCCAGUUCUUAAUGCUUGUUCCCCGCUUCUCCUCAUUUGUUUCUUUCCCACUUCCCAAGCCAUUGUGUUAACCAUGACAUGGCAUGACACGGCAUUGCCAGUCAUUCUCUGGUGGUCUCAAACUCCUUGCAGUAGUGCGUUGUUUGCCUUCGAAGUUGUGAAAGUCGGAAGGGAUUGGGGAAGUCAGUUUAUGGUUUAAAUAAGGAUAUUUAUGAGAAAAUUCAUUAUUGAGUAUCCUGUUGUAAUUAGAAGAAUACGAAUUUGUCUUUCAGAUUUAUAAAAAUCAUUUAAAAAUCUUUUGUAGAUCUCUUUGUAUGAGUCAGGUAUGACCUUUUUUCCAAUCUGAUUCAGUUUUCUGAAACGACAUCAAGCAAUUUUGGUGAGUCAAUGCCAGCUUGAUUCACAGACGGUUAAAUGUUGCAGAUUAUGUUCAAUAUUUCGUUUUUAUUGGUGAAUAGUAAUGGAAAUGUAAAGAAGCUUAGGACGGUGAUGCGAUCCUAAUAGAAGAUUCGUCUGUCUUCCUCUGUAUACAGAGGUUUUUAUGUUCAGAGAUGCAUAAAACGUUACUACUUAUAUUGUCUCUUGAUAUCGUAUUUAAAAACAUAAGUUAAGCUAUGGCGUCUCUGAAAAAAUAUGGGAAUGUCAAUUUUGCUUUAAUUCCCAAUGUUUUCUUUAGUCUUCAUUGAUUCAUUCAGAUUUACAGAUUCAAUUACGUAUUCACCUUCUAUACUGUUUGGCCAAAGAUUUUUAGGUUUUCCCCCUACAAUCUUUGCUUCUUUGGAGCUUAGAGGUCAUUUUUAGAAUUUAUCUCAUAUUCAUGUUUUGUUUUGUCACAGUUAACAUUUAUCAUGCGGCUAAAGGUUUUCUUCAUUUAAUACCUUUUUCAGAUAUGCCUGGAAAUGCUGAACUUUGCUAGAUAUUCAGGCGAUGCUGAUAGUCAAAUUGUCAGAGAAACAUGGGCUAGACUUCUUGAUCAAGCUCUUUCAAGAGGUGGUGUUGCAGAAGCAUGUGCUGUACUAAAGAGGGUUGGAUCCAUUCUUUAUCCCGGUGAUGGGGCUUCGAUUCCUUUAGAUACAUUAUGUCUUCAUCUGGAGAAAGCAGCUCUGGUAAAAUAUUUUACCCAUAUUUUCUUAUUGGCUGUUAUCUUUUUGGGAUAUAGCUGGUCCCUGUGUUGGUUGAAUAUACCUUUUGGUAUCUGUAAUAAUUUUUUCUUUGAUUUCUCUGGAUCAACGCAAAAUACUCUGUUUCUUAAUUUUUUUUUAAUAAGGACUUUGUUUUAAUCUCCAUUUAUCCGAUUAUAAAGGGAUGUCUUGCCUGAGUCGUGAUGAUGAAGUGUACUUUGCUGGUGUGAACAUGUGGAAUCAGAUCGAUGCUGUAUAUCAUUUAUUCUUUACUCUUAUAUUACUUGAUAGGGUUAUUCCAAAUGAUUUUUCGUUUAUUUUCCUUUCAUGAACUCGACUUUUAUGCUAUCAUUGUGUGAUCCGUGUUUCCAUUUCUUUCAUUGGUAUACUUUGCUCUUCCCGAAUUAUCAGUAUAUUAGCAUUUGGUGUCUGCUAGAAAGAUAACCUCCCCUCUUCUAAGGAAUGGCAUCAGUCUGGUUGCUAGCUGGAAAAAAUGUCUAGUACUUGGGGUUGAGUUAUAUAAUGCCUUCAAAUUGGUUUAAUGUUGAAGAGACAAACGUAAGAUUGUGGAACAUGCACGGACCAUAAUUAUUGUGUAUUUAUUUUUCUGUUUCCUCUUUUAAUGCAAUUGGUUCUCAUAAUGUCUUUUUUAAAGAUACCACAACAUUCCAAUUCUGGGCAGCAGAAAAAAUGAAAAAUCUUAGUUUAAGGUAUGAUGUGGAUUUCUAUACCAAAAACAUUCACUUUCGUACAGUAAUGGCAGUUUUAGAAGAUUUUUUUUAAUUAUUUCAAAAUUUUCUACUAGUCUCUACAGAUAAAUAUAUUUGCAUAUUUAUUUAUAUCAUGGUAAGAUUUAUUUGUCCUGCAGGAGCGAUCAACGUCUGGACUUGAGCUUGUUGGUGAUGACGAUGUGGCAAGAUCUCUUCUGGCUGCCUGCAAGGGUGCGGCUGAGCUUGUAUUGAACAUUUAUGAUCAAUUACUGUCUAAUGGCACAAUUGUGCCUUCGCCAAACCUGAGACUGCGGCUUCUGAGAUCUGUCCUGGCGGUCCUCCGUGAGUGGGCAAUGUCUGGGGUAGCUCAAAAAAUGGGCACGGCUAUGUCUGGGCCUUCACUUGUUCUUGGGAGAGCCGGAGCAGUAUCAUUGGAGCAAACAACAAUUAGUCAGGGGAUUCGGGAUAAAAUUAUCAGUGCAGCAAACAGGUUAGUAACCAACUAAUGAUAUGUCAUGAAUUUCAGAAAUUAUACUGCCCAGUCUUUUCAUUUAAUCCUUCGUUUUUACAAUUUAAGAAGGUUACUACUCUUCAUUUGCAUGCAAUCACUUGCUAGUUGUGUCUUCUUUCUAUAGUUAGUCAAUAAGAACAUUGGAUUUAGUACUUUUCUUCCCUUUCAUCUCUGUCAUCUUCUGUUGGUCAGAAACCGCGCCAUCUCAGGCUUUCCUUUUACGGUUCCUUUGAUGAACCAUAUAGAUAAGGACCCUGUUCAGGACCUCAUCUUUUCUACGGCAGCCUUCCACCCUUUCUUCCGUUUGUGGUACCUCUACCUCAGCUGCCGAACUUAACCCUAUCAUAUUGUAGAGAGUCCACACAGUCUGUAUAGUGAAGCCCUGUUGUGGGAAAAGUGUGGAGUCUUUGAGCUUUCCUUCAUUCGAUACUGUGAAUUCCUUUGCUUCUUCUUCAUGUUUAUCUUAUCUUUGCUUCCAGGUACAUGACCGAGGUGCGCCGGCUUGCUCUGCCCCAGAGCCAGACUGAGGCUGUUGGUCGAGGUUUCCGAGAACUGGAAGAGAGAGUAUCGAGCCCAUUUCACUUUUGA